AUGAUUGUACCACUAGAUAGUUUGAACGCGGUGCGAGCAACUUCCUGUGACUUUCAAAUGCUUCUCUGGCUGUUGCUUUGCUUGAGUCUCGCAAUCGUCUGGAUGUCCAUGACGUCGCCUGGUCUGCUUCCCACCUCUCUCUCUCGGAUCGUUGAACUCAACGCAGCAAAGGGCCUCACUACCUACACCUGCCAGGCGGUCAACAUCAGCAAACCAUUCUUUGCCACGACGUGUUGUCGCUUUGACUCUUCGGCUCAACACUCUGUCAGCCUGAUCCAUACCAUCGACUCGCCCUUUUUCGGACGAUAUUUCUCGGCAGCUACACCCUUUCGCACAUCUAGUCGCACCUUCUACCAAGAGGUUUCAGCAAUUUUCAAAGCGGUAUGGUACUGUAUCGCACUCGUCUGUAUCGUCUUCGGCGGUCGGAUCCGGAUCGGCUCGACGCUACUACAGCAUGAUGCGAUUCGGAUCUUCUUGUCCUGCUUCCUGCUGCUCAGGGCCUCGCUCGACACUCUGGUCGGAUCCAUACCCUUCAGCUCGCAUCGGAACAUCAUCCCUUCCGUCGCUACCACCUUCCCCUGCGGUCUGUUCAGCGGAGCAAAUCCAGCUGUUGCUGCCACCUCUGCUGCCAAGCGUCUUCUAUGCGCAUCGCUCUCGCACCCUCAAGUUUUGCAACUCGCAAACUCACAGCGCCCACCGCGCGCCGAUUCGGCUCGCAAGUCGACCUUAGCUGACACCGAUCGACGCGCCCACACCGCAACGUCGACUGCCCCUCCACGCAAUAUGGCAAACCCCUCUUCAAGAUACACCGCUGGCUACCAUAAUGUGCCGCCUAAUGUCAACGCACACUUGCCGUAUCAUGCAGCGCACCAGCCCGCCGCAGCCUUCUCGCCCUAUGCGAACCCAGCGCCCAACGAUGGUUACAACUACGUGCGUCCGCCUUAUCACCCAAGCGACUCUGUCCCCUAUUCACGCGGACCUCCGAGCCGCAGUCAGUCGCAGAGCUCCGCCUCCGGAAGCAGCGCUCUUCCGCACGACGCCGUCGCAGCUUCACACUAUGCGCCUCACUACCCUCCGUCGUUUCCUGCUGUAGGUUCUCACCCUGCGGCUGGCCACUCGGCACGCACGAGGUGGGCGUGGGUCCCCAUCGAGGUUCCACAAGCUCAUCUUCCAGAGGACGCGCAUAUGCAGUAUCCACCCUACCACGGAUCUUUCUACUCGUCUGCAGCCCCCGCAGCCACGCACAGCUCCGCCUCAUCGCACCAAUCCUACCAACAACCCUACGCCGAACCGUCGCUCCAGGCCACGCCAAGCUACGGCGUACAGCACUCUCAUUCCAACUAUACUUCCUCGUACCCCUAUCACUUGCACGCCGCGCCUCAGUACGCCGCGCCACAAGCUCAUCAGAGUCACACCCAUAGCGCAUACACUCAUGGUUCGCGCUCGGGGCCCCAUCAGCCGCCGUCACGCUCGUCGCGAGACUCUACUCCAGGAGGUGCCAAUCGUCGGCAGUCGAAUCAAUCGGCCCGUUCCAACAGCGCUCAGCGUAGCUCCAAUUCUUCCGGCAACACUGCGUCGCCGCUCCCAGGUUCCACUGGCUUGCCGCAUCGUCCCGCUUCCUCCACCCUCGAUCUACCUGCCGACGUGCGAGACGCCAGGGCUCGUAACUCGAAUCGUUCCGACUCGAGCGUGGCCGAGACUCUAUCCGGCAGCGCAGUCGCUGGUGUACCCGGUCUUCCAUCCGAGGCUGACCUUGAAUCGGAGCUGGAUGUUUCGUCCAAUUCCAAGGCAGCUGAGCGUGUCCCGGGCAGUGGCUUGCGCCCUCACUACCACCCUCAGCAAGGUCCAAGAUCCGAAUGGGUGCUCUGGUGCGGCAACGUGCCCCAAGAUGCCACCGUCGAAGAACUGUGGGAGGUUUUCUCUCGUCUCUCCUCGGACGAGUAUCGCCGAUGGCUCUCAACUCCCGAAGCGCAAGAGCACGCCGGCGAAGCAUCCGACACGGCCGACGCCAACGAUGACCAGGAUGUCGACGACCAUGGUGUCAUCUCCAUCUUUAUCAUUUCGCGCAGCAACUGCGCCUUCAUCAAUUACACCAGCCAAGCCCACCUUGAUCGAGCUGUCAAGUACUUUCACGGCAAGCAGGUGCGGCCUCACGAUCCAAAGUGUCCCAAGUUGGUAUGUCGCGUGCGCAAGAAGGACGACGAGGCCCAGGCAGGUGUUGCCGGCCAGCGCGGACGUGGCAUUCACGUUGCCUGGCUCAAACAGCAGCGAGAGCUUGACCGAGCGUCGACGGAACCCGCCGCAGGCGCGACAUCUCCAGAAGAGACAUCCUUGCGGUCUUCCAACGAGCCCAUUUCUCCAUCUUCUUCUAAGGACGUGCCUCCACCGCUGGUAGGCGGACUUGCUUCGGCAGCAUCCUACAGUUCGAGCGGAUCCGCCUCAUACGCCUCGACCAACUCUUCCCUCUUCCGCCAUCCCGCCUUCCGUCAUCGCUUCUUCAUCCUCAAGAGUCUUCGCACUGACGAUCUGGAUAGAUCCAUAGAGACUGGCUACUGGGCCACGCAGCCUCAUAACGAGAGCGUGCUGGAUCAAGCCUACCGCAACAGUGAAACUGUCUACCUAAUCUUCGGCGUCAAUUCGACCGGCCAAUUCCAUGGCUAUGCCAAGAUGGCCGGACCCAUCUUAACCUCCACCAACGAGGGCAAAGGCAAUCGCCGAGCCAGCCUCUCUUCACAUUUGUCAGCCGCGUCUGGCAAUCAAGCUCCGGCGAUGAUACCCGAAUCCGUCGACGAAAACACCAUCGAGGACGGUUCACCCGAGUUUCGGACUGUCGCUUCCCCCGAUCUUGGAAUGCGGCAACAGCAUCCCGUUCUCGACAAGGGCGACAUUGAGGCUGCCAAGGGCCUCUUCAGCACGCUGACGGUGGACGGCGAUGCACCUCAUUCUCUUGCCAUGACGUCGCCUCUGCCCAUCUCGCCGUCCGUCGAAGAUGCAGAGUCUUUCAAGGGCAUGCUGACACUAGAACGAAAAGACACCGUGACUCCCCAGACCGCUGGUGCCUUCGCCCAAUCGAGCACGUGGCCCUAUACGUCGCUCAAGAGAGACGGCGGUGCAGGCAACGGUGCUGACCUCGAAGCAGCUGAGCGACCCAAGCUCGCCACCGCGCUUUCGGCCGACAACUCGGUCGCGCGCGUCACUGCUGAGCCAGACGAGUAUGGCGUCCGCCGCAUGGAUAUGGAGGCAGAUCAGACGCACGCGAACGUGAGUCGGAGCGAUCAGCCCUCGUUGGGGCCGUACGACUCGGCAUCGUACUCGUCGGCCGAUCCUCGCGUAGCCGAGCAGAUUGCGCUGCGAGCCGUGAUUCACAAUCUGCGUCUAGACGAGAUGGAGUCGCGCGGACAGGCCGAGAUCCUUGAGAAUAAGCUCCGAUCCGCUUCCACUCACACCGAUGCCACCGACGCUACCGAUGCCACGGACGCCACCGUCACUGGAGGCGAUCAGUCGCCUGCGCACAUUCUGGACGAAGGGGCCAUGUCACGGUCCCCACCUCGCCAGUCGUCGUCCGACUCGUGGGGCAAGCCAUUCCGUGUCGAAUGGAUUCGCACCGACCCGCUUCCCUUCCAACGAGUCAAGAAGCUGCGCAACCCGUGGCGUGACAAUCGGCAGGUCAAGGUGUCGCGCGAUGGCACCGAGCUGGAACCGGCCGUGGGACAUCAGCUGCUGGAGGAAUGGAAUCGUCUGCAUUCGGUCGCUCCUGUCGAUGGCACCAAGGCGAGCAGCAAGAACGUCGAGCUCAAGUCGCCUUCGGCACGCUCGCGCAGCGACGAAGAUGAGUAG